AGUUCAUAUUCUAAUUUAAAUGGUUAAAAAUGUAAUUUUAUAUAAAACAAUUAUUUUAGCAUUAAAUAAUGGCAUUUCCAUUGCUAUCGUUAAUAAAUCAAAAUGUCAGCAUGGCACAAGAUUUAAUGGGAAGGCGAGAUGGUUUUCCUGGACAAAUUUUACCAAAUCCACAAAAUAGCUCUUUUCCUAUUCCACCAAGAAUGCAAGAUGGCUAUUUGCAACCUCCACCAAACUCGCACGGAAAAAACUUCUCAAACAAUCAAAAUUUCUCUUUACAAGAUGGUUUAAUGCCAACUCCAUCUGAUGGAAAUAACAGAUUCAAUUCAAUUAACAAUUUAAAUAAUAGGAAUGAUCAGGGAAGGAUGCGUCAAGGUAUGGGAAUUUUAGGUAAUGGUCAAAGAAUUGACGAUUCACCAAGAUCUAUGCACCGUCAGGAUGGAAUUUUAGGAAGUCCAAACAUUACAGAUCGAAAUUCUAUUCAAAAUAGAGUGCAAGAUGAAAAAGUUUCAUGGAAUCAGUCAAAAAAUAUACCGUCUUUAAUGGAACAAGUUUCACUGGAUAAAAACAGAUCUUAUCAAAAUAAUACCCGACCACAAAACAACUCUCCAAAAAGUCGUUCCAGCUCAGGCUCAAGAAACAUGAAUCGAGUUGGAAAAAAUAGCAAACAAAAUAGAGGAAGUUCUACAAAUUAUACCAGUCCAAGUGACACAGAUAAAUCAUCCCUUAAAGAUAGCAAAAAACCAAAAGAAGCUGAUAGAGCUAUGAGAGAGAGAGCUCUUGCGGCUGAUGUUUCAGAUGAGUUCUUUCAAAAGAUUAAGAAAACAGGUAAAAACCAAGAUGUCUCACAAGUUUGUUUAGAAAUUGCUCGUAAGGAAUUUUUGCAAAGUAAGGGAGAAGAUGGAUUGCGCCAUAAACCAGGUGGUAUUGGGCAUCACUCAUGUGGUAUAUGCAAAAUUAAUUUUUUGAGUGAAGAAAAGUUAAAUAAUCACUAUAAUACUUUGUGGCAUAAAGAGCUGGAUGAGUUAUAUUGUUUAAAAAAAGAGCAAGCACAAUUAAUCCUAGAAAAUAGAAUAUCUGGUCCAAACGCAUCUGCUCCAUUAUAUAUGAUACCAAUAGUAGAAGCCGAGGAAGAGAUGAAGUUAAAAGCAACGUCUGUAGAUCUUGAUUCAUAUAUUUUGGGCAUAUAUGAAAGUGUUAUGCGAGCAUAUUGGCCAGUUCCCAAGAGUAAAUUUUAUUGUCGUAUAUGUAAUUAUAAAGAGUUUCGCACUUCUCAAGAUCAUGACGCGCAUCAAAAGACAAGAGAGCAUAAAGACAGGGAGAGUACUUAUAAAGAAGCCUUCUGUCUUUAUUGCCAAAUUCAUUUGAUUGAUGCUAAAAAGAUGAGUGAACAUAAACAGAGCAUUGAUCACAUCAAGAUUUUAGACCUUAUGGAAAGAACCAAACAGUGUGCAAUUGAACAUUGGCACAAAGAGAAUAACAAAGAUUUUCCUGCUAGUUACAAGCUAACAGAUCAAGCUACUCCUCUUGUUGGAAGCAAAAGACAAGCUCCACAAGAUUUUUCCGCAAGCUCUUCAAAGAAAAGCCUAACAAAAGAUGACUUUCUUGAUGAAAAAGAUCAAAAGUGGUUUAUUCCUUUGACUGGUUUUGUUUGUGCUGCUUGUCAGACAUUUCUUCCAGACUCCACAGAUAAAGAAUUUCACUCAAAACAAACUGCUCAUAUUUCAAAUGUUAAUAAAAUGAAGAAACUGUUACUUUCAUGAUGUCAAUAAAUUAAGUUGCACCGGCGAAUCCUGGAAACGAAUUGCUGUUUGAACACAACUUGUUUUUUAAUACUUAUGGAUAUAAUAAAGACCAAGCUAAAACAUUUGGAAAAAUUGUUAUGUUGUUUAUUUUCAGAAAUUUUAAUACUGACCUAUCGUAUGGUCAUUCAUGUA